AGUACACGUGCGCGCGCCUGGUUCACAGCGGUUCCUAGUAGCUCUAGGUUUCUAGUCUUCCAAGAUGCUGGUGCUACGGUACUUGGCAUCGUUCUACAAUUACGUCAACUACGAAGUUAGUGAUCCGCGGGUCAAUGAUUGGUUCCUGAUGAAGACGCCCUGGCCCGGGGCCACCAUACUCGGGCUGUAUCUGAUGUUCGUCCUCAAAUGGGGCCCAAAGUGGAUGGAACACCGGAAGCCCUUCCGCAUCGACAGCAUCAUCAAGUACUACAAUCUGGCGCAGGUGUUCAUCUGCGCGUACCUGUUCGUGGAGGGCUUUCGGCUGGGAUACCUGCGCGGUUACAGCUUCCUUUGCCAACCGGUCGACUACUCCCCUACGGAGGUUCCCACUGCGAUCGCAGCUCGCUGUUACUACUACUUCCUGGUGAAGGUACUCGACCUGCUCGACACCAUCUUCUUCGUGCUGCGUAAGAAGCAGAACCAGGUGAGCUUUCUGCACGUGUACCACCACACCGGCAUGGUGAUGCUGAUCUGGAGCGGUGUCAAGUGGUUCCCGGGCGGUCACGGCGUCUUCAUGGGCUUCAUCAACUGCUUCGUGCACGUGGUCAUGUACUUCUACUACUUCCUCACCUCAGUCAGCCCCAAGUACAAGGGCAACCUGUGGUGGAAGAAGUACAUCACGCAGCUGCAGAUCAUCCAGUUCGGCAUGAUCUUCACGCACUGGUUCGUGCUGCUGUUCCAGCCUGGCUGCACUUUCCCGAAGUGGCCACUGUUCGUCAUUUUACCCCAGAACCUGUUCAUGUUCUGCCUCUUCCUCGACUUCUACUACCACGCGUACAUUAAGAAGAAACCCGCCACUAUCACAGCACCAUCCCGGAAUGGCAUCCAUGCAGGUCCCAGUGCCAGCUCCAAUGGCAAGCUGAAUGGCAGUGCGGACACCUCCGGGGCACACCUCACGAAACGCAACUCAUCCAAGGAGGUCAGCACCUCCUGAACACCCCGCAUUCAUUUGCUCCGCCCUUUCCUUUUCCCCUUCCCCGUUUUGUCUGAGGGACAUUCCAACGUUCCGCGCCAGUGUGCGUGU